AUGGCCUCCAAGAAGCAGCAGCAGGAAAUGGUGCAGGUCGACCGUUCUUCAUCCGCGUCGCCCUUCUGGCGGACCGCCUCCAGUACCUCCAAGCCGUACGAGAACAAGAAGAUCAUUGGCGCCUCGUAUUCACACGCCGACAUACUCAAGUUUGACUCUCUGAACGUCUCUGGGACAAGCUCGCGUCCUCGAACACCUCCCUCGGCCGACCACAGUCGCGAUCCAAGCGUACCCUCCUCUCGAGCAGGAAGCACCACCUCUCCUCCACCUACACGAAGCACCUACACGAACUUCCUCCGCGAUACGAACCAUGACUGGCAGGACGAUGAGGAAGACGAGGGCGACAUUAUGUUUGAGGACGACGAAGAUGAGUUCGGACUACCCAGCAUAGCGAGCAUGCGCAGGAAAGGGAGGCGGAAAGAACCACUAAAGGGAAGAAACCCUGGGGGGACUGGGAGGAACAGUCUGGGUUCGACAGCGUGGCGCGCAAUAGAUAGUGGCGAUAUUGCCGAAGAACGCGGCAUACCUAAUUACCCCACGGCGAAGAAGUCUGAAGGGAAGAUACUACGGCCCCAGUACCAGGAAAUACUUCGCGACCCCGCAAACUCGCUGCAUCUAAUCUCGCACCCGUCAGUACCUCCCAAUGCCUCGGCGAAAGAAAUCGAAGAGCACUCCGCAAGAAUAACGCGAAUCAAUAAGUUCAAGCGCAUCCUACAGACAAGUACAAUAUCGCUGUCGGAGCUGCGGGAUUCGGCAUGGUCAGGUAUUCCGUCUGAAGUCCGUGCUAUGGCCUGGCAAAUACUCCUCGGAUACCUGCCCACGAGCAGCGAGCGAAGGGUUGCCACACUGGAGAGGAAAAGAAAAGAGUACUUGGAAGGUGUCCGGCAAGCAUUUGAGCGAGGCACCGCUAUUAGCGUGGGCGCUGUUGCGGCUGGUGUGGCUGGUGUCUCAUCUUACCCUUCCGCGAACCGUGGCCGAGGUCGCGGCCUGGACGAGGCGAUAUGGCAUCAAAUCAGCAUAGACGUACCGCGAACGAACCCACACCUCGAGCUCUAUAGCUACGAGGCGACACAACGAUCUCUGGAACGGAUAUUGUAUGUUUGGGCAAUACGGCAUCCCGCAUCUGGCUAUGUGCAAGGCAUCAAUGACCUCGUCACCCCAUUUUGGCAGGUCUUCCUCGGCGCCUACAUUUCCGAUCCAGAUAUCGAGUUUGGCAUGGAUCCUGGCCAGCUCCCCAAGCAGGUGCUGGAUGCAGUGGAGGCCGACUCCUUCUGGUGUCUCACGAAGCUUCUUGAUGGCAUCCAGGAUAACUACAUCUCGCAACAGCCGGGCAUUCAACGACAAGUCGCCAGCCUCCGAGAUCUUACCACGAGGAUAGACGACCAGCUAGCAAAGCAUUUGCAGAACGAAGGUGUCGAGUUCAUCCAGUUCAGUUUCAGGUGGAUGAACUGUCUCCUCAUGCGCGAGGUAUCCGUCAAGAACACCAUUAGGAUGUGGGAUACAUAUCUAGCCGAGGAAGACGGUUUCUCCUCCUUCCAUUUAUACGUUUGCGCCGCCUUCCUCGUCAAGUGGUCCGAUCAACUCCGCAAAAUGGACUUCCAGGAGAUCAUGAUGUUCCUGCAAUCACUGCCUACCAAGCAAUGGACCGAAAAAGACAUAGAACUUCUUCUGAGCGAAGCAUUCAUCUGGCAGAGCCUUUUCAGAGGCAGCAGCGCGCAUCUCAAGAACACCGGAUCGAAGAGCUCUAGCGGUGUAGUAGGCAUGGGUCCGAACUUUUGA